CUCUCCAUCACGCAGAGUAUAAAGUCAGCAUGCGCGCACUCGCCCCCGUCACCCGUCUUGUCCCUCGCGUAUCCCGAGCUCCUUGUGUGAGCUCUGUACAGUCCGUCCGCACCCUCGGAGCCCUGCGCUCUCUCACCACCGCCGUCCACCGGACCCGCCUACCACUGUCGGCCAUGACUGUCGACGCUAAGCGCUACGCUUCCCAGCGCCCCAACGUGACCAAGGAGAACGCUCUCGGCCUUGAUGACCCCUCCCUUGUCGUGCCUCACGGAAUCGUGAACGGCAAGCAUGUUGAUGCGUCCGACGGCGGGCGCUUUGACGUGCGCGACCCCGCCACCGGCAAUGUCAUCGGCAGCAUGCCGGACAUGACCGCCCAGGAUGCAGCCGAGGCUGUCCGCGUCGCGCACGAGACGUUCAAGACGUGGCGCAACAGCAGCAUUCUCGACAGGCAGAAGAUGCUGUUGCGUCUCAACGACCUGUUCAUCGAACAUGCGAAUGACAUUGCACGCCUCAUCGUCUGGGAGAACGGCAAGAGCUGGGCGGACGCGUAUGGAGAGGUGCUGUACUCUGCCUCGUUCUGCGCAUGGUUUGCCGGCGAGUGUGUCCGUCAGCGCGGUGAUGUUCUUGCCUCUGCGAUCCCGGGGCAGCGCAACCUCGUCAUCAAGCAGCCCAUCGGCGUCUGCUCGUUGCUCGUGCCAUGGAACUUCCCUGCCGGAAUGAUCACACGCAAGGCCGCGCCUGUCAUCGCGACCGGCUGCACCGCCGUCGUCAAGGCCGACCCGAACACUCCAUUCACCAACCAGGCAAUCAUGGAGCUCAUGCGCCGCGCCGGCGUGCCCGACGGCGUGAUCAACUCGAUCACGACUGACAAGAACCUCCAGGAGGUCGGCAAGGAGCUCACGACCAACCCCCUCAUCAAGAAGGUCAGCUUUACUGGCUCCACGCGCGUGGGCAAGAUCCUCGCCGCCCAAGCGGCGGGCACGCUCAAGAAGCUCUCCCUCGAGCUCGGCGGUAACGCCCCGCUCAUCGUCUUUGAUGACGCCGACAUCCCCACCGCUGUGGCAGGCACCAUCGCCUCCAAGUUCCGUGGAUCGGGACAGACAUGCGUGUGCGCCAACCGCAUUUACGUCCAUGAGAGCAUCUACGACACGUUCGCCAAGCAGCUCGCUGAGAAGGUGAACAAGUUCAAGGUUGGGCCCGGGUUUGACGACGGCGUAACCCACGGGCCGCUCAUCAACGCUGCGGCAGCGGACAAGUGGCAGAGCCACGUCGACGCGCUCGUCAAGGCCGGCGGCCGCGUUAUCGCCGGCGGCAAGCGCGAGGGUAACGCCGUGCAGCCGACGGUCAUCGUCGACGUGCCGACCGAGUGCAUCUUGGAUGAGGAGGAGACGUUCUCGCCCCUCGCGGCGCUCAUCAAGUUCCGCGACGAGGCGCACGUCGUCGAGAUGGCUAACCGCGCCGACGUCGGGCUGGCCGGGUACUUCUUCUCGCGCGACGCAGACCGCAUCUUCCGCGUCGCGGAAGCGCUAGAGGUCGGCAUGGUCGGCGCCAACACCGGCGCCAUCUCCCAGGCCUUCAUACCCUUCGGCGGUGUCAAGCAGUCGGGUUACGGCAAGGAGGGCGGGUACGAGGGCACAGACGAGUUCCUGAACAAGAAGCUCGUUGCCAUCGGCAAGAACCUU